AUAACACUUGGUUGAAUUCUCGAAAAUUAGAAUGCAUGCCCCUCUAAUUUCUAUAAAACAUCGAAUCUCGUAAAUAUUACCAGGCUUAAUACAUUGAUUGAGACCAUAAAAGUGAUUUCUUCUUGUAGAUUUUGUUAGGUAAAAAGAUUUGUCUCGGUAAUUCAACAGUGAAAAUUCAAUUCCACCAUCACCACCUUCGUCAUCAUCAUCAUCAUUCUUCAUAUUCCAUGCCUUGCUCUCACGCAUUCCUUCAAAAAGCUACAUAAACCCCCCCAUCAGACCAGUCUCUCAUUUCUACCUUCUUCUCUUGUUUACUCCUUUUUGGGUUCAAUUCAUAUUUCGUUAUCUCUAAUGGGUUUCCAUUUGAUUGUUUCAGGAUUCAGGUUAUGGAGGUUAAUUGGGUUCAAUUCCGAUUCUCUCCGAUGGGUUGUUUUGUUUUGGUCUUUCUAGUUACAUUUUCCUUUUUCUUUUCUUGUUUGGAAUGGAAGAAAAUGGGAUUCAAUGGGAAUUGAACUCUGUUAAUUGGUUGUUUUUCUUUCAAAUCAUGGAGGCUUCUUUCAAAUCACUUACCCAUCUCUCAUCUCUAUCAUCAGAUCCUCUUUUCUCUUGUAUAGUCACUCUGUAUAUUCUUCUUCUUCUCUAUUUUCCUCCUCGCAUUUUCUUUUCCAUCAUUUUCUCUCCGGUUCUCACCAUCACCGGACUCCUCUUGCUCUCCCUCCUCCGUCUCGGUGCAACCCAACGGUUCGGAACCCGAACCGACACCAAACGGAACAUCGAACCCAAUCGAGUUAGUGAUACAAGGGGAAUAACAGAACCCGAUACAAAACCCGAUAUAUACCAUUUCUCACUUCCUCAAGACCUUGAAUGGACCGCAUGCAAAACAGAAAAGGAAGGCGAACCCGAUUUGGGAUUUAACCAGUACCCGAUUUUCGAGCAAACAUUCGUUCAGUGGAACGUCAGAGCUCCAUUAGAGGUCAUAUACGAAGUGUACGAAGACGAAGAUGAUGGAGGAGGAGAUUCUUCAAACCCGGAAGAGGAAUUUUCGACCCGGUUUGAGAUUUACCCGUCGUUGUCGCUUUAUUAUCCGGAAACCGAUUCGGAUUCGUCAUCUGACUCGGAUUUUCCGGUUAUCGGAGACUGGACUGCGCCGGAGCGGGUCGGCUUCCAUUGGGAAGACGAAGAUAGAGAAGAGUUAAUCGAGAUAGCGCUCGAUCGCGGAGAUAAGCAUGACACGAAGCAGAGGGAUUUGGAUUUUCAUGGAGAUGAAGAGAAUCUGAUUGAGAUAGACAUAUCUCCGGCGAAGACACCGUAGUUUCCCAGCGAGACGAUUAGGACGGGUUCUAUGUGGAUUAACUUUAAAUGAGUGUGAGUAAUUGAUUAAUUAGUGGGAUUGUUAUAAUUAAUACUAAUUAGUGAGAUUGGAAAGGAGAGAUCUGAGGGUUUUCUAGGGUUUUGGGUUUGGAAUGUUUUGAUGGUUUACCGUUGUACUUCACCGAUGCCAAAGGUACAAUUAAUGACUUUAACAACAAUUAGUGA